GAGAGCAAGAUGGGUCACCAGCAACUGUACUGGAGCCAUCCGAGGAAAUUCGGCCAGGGUUCUCGUUCUUGCCAUGUCUGCUCAAACCUCCAUGGCCUGAUGCAGAAGUACAGCCUCCACAUGUGCCGCCAAUUUUUCCGUCAGUAUGCAAAGGACACAGGCUUCAUUAAGUGA